AUGACCACCAUCAACCUCAACAUCAACAUCAACGGCGCUGCGCCCGCUAACCUUGAGGCGCCACGCCAACUCGACAUGGCUCCUUCCCACAUGCCUGUCGAAAAUGUUGGCGCGGUCCGCCCACAGCCUCCUGCUCCGGUGAGGGAGUUCUACCCGUGCCAGGGUACAACCCGCAAGGGGAAGGCGUGCGGAAACGUCAUCAAGCACGACAAGUGGGUUCGCGGCGUCCACUUCUGCAGCCACCACCGCGGCGACGCCGCGAUCGAGGAACUCGAGCAGCUCCGGGCCCGGGUGCAGCAGCUGAGCACCGACAAGGCCGUGCUGCAGUCCAGGGCCGACACGGCGGAGGAAAGCACAAGGAGGGUCCUUAGCGAGCGCGACGAGGCCCGCCGUGAGCGUGACGAGACCCAGGACCGUGCCGCCGGCGAGCUCGCCAGGGCUCGAGGCAAGAUUGAAGGUCUGACCGUCGACAUCGCCAGCAAGGAGCGAGAAAGGUUCAAUCUCGUCGUCGCCGCCCACUUCACCACGCAGAAUGCCCGCUCGGAGCGCGAACACUGGACCAAGGUGAUAGAAGUGUUGCAGGCUGAGAAUCAGAAGCUGCGUGAGGACCAGAAGCGCACAGCCGGCGAGCUCGCUGCCCUCAGUGAGGACAAGCGUUUCCUUCUCGCCAGAAUCACCGCCGCGGAUGGCAAUACGGCGAGGGCCCGCAGCGAACGCGAUCAGGCACGCAAAAGCCUCGACGGCUCCCAGACCCAGCUCGCCGACGCCCAAGCCAAGCUCGCCGACUCGCAGUCCAAGCUUGUUUCAGCUAGGAAGACGGAGGACGAGCUAAUCACUUAUAGCGACGACCUCGAAACCAGAAUUGAUGCCGCCGAGUCCACUACGGAGAGGGUCAGUCGUGAGCGUGACGAGGUCCGCAAAGAGCGCGAUGAACUCUGCCGUGAGCGCGACGAGCUCCAGCGAAGCCUGAGCGAGGCCCAGGAUCGUGCCGCCAGCGAGAUUGCCAGGCUCAACGAGGACAACCGAUUCCUUCUCGCCAGGGUCGCUGCGGCAGACAACAACACGGCGAGGGCUUGCAGCGAGCGGGAUGAGGAGAGAAGGGCAAAGGCAGAGGUAGAGGCACAGAACGGAGAGCUGGUCAGCGCGCUGCAGCAGAGAGGCGAGGAGAUCACUCUCGCUCAAAAGACUGUGGAGGAGCAUGGCGAAGAGUACCUGCGCACCGUUCGCGGCAUCCAGGCCAAUAUGGAGGAAAGAUUGAAGAUUUGUCGCCAAGACCUCGACGAAGAUACCUGA